UUCAGAAAAAUCCAUCAAAUUCUCAUCACAGAUAUUUGCUGUUACUUUCUUCACAUACAUCAAGAUGGACCGUUACUAUAAGAAAACAGUCCCGACUGCUGUUGUACUGCUUAUUCUGAUUAACAUAUUCAGCAGAUGUCUUGUAACCUAUGCACACGAUCUUGACUGCUGCGUUUCAUAUUCAAAGAAGCCACUGGCCAUAAAAUAUGUAAGAGGUUUCACUGAGCAAAGAGCAAAUGAAGUUUGUCAUGUUGAUGCGAUCAUAUUCCAUACUAAAUCACAUGCAGUCUGUGCAGAUCCAAAUGAUGUGUGGGUGAAAAGGAAUCUGCAUUACUUAAGCAUAAAACUGCAGAAGAUGUCUGAAAGAGGUCAUACUACAGCAGAAUUAAUAUAAAUCACGGAAAAGCAUUUUUGGAAGGAAAUGGUCAAAAAUGCGGUGGACCCUGUCAGUUAAAAUUUAUACAGUAACUUUUUUCUGAAGAAGCUCUUGCUGGUGUGUUGUGAGAAAUGUAUUCAACGGCUAUCAUUUAAACUGCAAUAAUGUUAAUGAUGAUAAACCUUCAUACGAGGUAACAGUAUAUUAUAUAACAGUGAAACAUUGUCUGUAAUGUGUUGUAAUUCCUUUUUAUAUAUUUCAUAAAGCGAGCUGAUAAUGAAAGCUAAAUAAAUAAACAAAGUGCAUGGUAUAUGACAAACUGAAAUGAUGUUAUAUAUAUUGAAGCUUAAAACAGGCAGAAUCUCAAUUUUUCUAUCUUAGACUGUAACUUUUGUUGUUUUCUAACAUGGCAAACUGGAUUAUCAUUUAAGAAUGAGGUAAAACUGAUUGCUAGAUAACAUCAGUACUUCCCACUUUUGCUCUUCUGCUUUUGUGUAUAAUUCAUUUAUUUCUUCUCUUUCAAUUAAUAAAAAUAUAUACUUUCA